UGAGUAAAGCCAUUUGCACGCCCUGCAGGGCUUCCACCGAGGCAGAGGAUGGCGGUAGAUAGUUCAAAAGCUACUUCUGUAAAUCAGUAGAAGAAGAAGAGGACAGUGGCUUGAACGUCCAAAAUAUGUCAGAAUGGGCACUCAAAUAAAAGAUGUCAUCAUCAAGCCUGACGCUCCCAGCAGUCUGCUGCUGGACAAACAUGCAGACUACAUCGCUGCCUACGGCUCCAAGAAGGACGACUACGAGUACACGCUGUCGGAGUACCUGAGGAUGAGCGGGAUCUACUGGGGGCUGACGGUGAUGGACCUGAUGGACCAGCUGCACAGAAUGAACCGACAGGAGAUCGUAGACUUCAUUAAAUCCUGUCAGCACGAGUGUGGAGGCAUCAGCGCCAGCAUCGGGCACGACCCGCACCUUCUCUACACCCUCAGCGCAGUCCAGAUCUUGUGCUUGUACGGCAGCGUGGACGAGAUUGAUGUGGACAAAGUUGUGGAAUACGUCAAAGGGCUCCAGCAGGAGGACGGCUCAUUUGCAGGAGACAAGUGGGGAGAAAUAGACACAAGGUUUUCUUUCUGUGCUGUUGCUACACUCUCAUUACUGGGGAAGAUGGACGCGAUAAAUGUCGACAAAGCUAUAGAGUUCGUCCUGUCCUGUAUGAACUUUGAUGGAGGUUUCGGCUGCAGGCCUGGAUCAGAGUCUCACGCUGGUCAGAUUUACUGCUGCACCGGCUUCCUGUCGCUCACCGGCCAGCUGCACCAGCUGAACGCUGACCUGCUGGGCUGGUGGCUCUGCGAGAGGCAGCUGCCGUCCGGAGGCCUCAACGGGCGCCCCGAGAAGCUUCCGGACGUGUGCUACUCCUGGUGGGUUCUGGCCUCGCUGAAAAUCAUCGGCCGGAUCCACUGGAUCGACAAAGCCAAGCUGCGAGGCUUUAUUCUGGCCUGCCAGGACGAGGAGACGGGGGGGUUUGCCGACCGGCCGGGCGACAUGGUGGACCCCUUCCACACCCUGUUCGGAGUGGCCGGCCUCUCCCUGCUGGGAGACGACCAGAUCAAGGCGGUGAACCCCGUGCUGUGCAUGCCCGAGGACGUCCUGCAGAGGAUCGGCCUGCAGCCGGACCUCCUCAGCUAGCCUCUGACCCCCCCCCCCCCCACCCCCACAUUCACCCGCCAGCCUCACACUAACCAACACAACUGAAAGGACCACAACUCAACGCUGCAUUUGCUGGAUCCCUAGCGACCUGGAGGAUGGAGAGCCUCAGAUUUAGGGUUCCCUCCUCCUCUGAGGUGGCUUUUCCCGCCUGGAUCCGGCACACGGGACAUUUUUACAGAAGGGUGCUUCGAAUCGUCGCCGUCGUGAAAGCUGAAUCGCCAGAAAAGCAACAUUCCUUUACUUCUCAUCUCGAUCUGUGAGUCGGUUUGAGGGAAAACCUGUAGCUGAGAGCACACGUUCUGGACGUUUUUCCUGCUUUCAUCACCUUCAGCUCGUCCACUCAAGUUGUUGAUCCUUUCUAGUGUUUCUUAACCGGACGACAGGAGAAUCUGUGGUUUUACCGUCACUCCAGAGUGAAAGAAAAGAAGGUUUACGGGCUCAGAUGAAUUCAGGAGGUGAAUGUGCUACUCUUAAGAUGUUUUUCCGCCUUAAACUCAUUGGUUGUAAAGGCACGACGUCUACUUUAUCUUCCAGCUGCUUUUUUUCAUAGAGUAACCACUGUAUAAGAAAGGUUAGAGCAGGGGAAGCCAGCAGAAAGCCGUCAGAGCUCUCUGCUAACGGCGCCACAGUUAGUUUUAUGUCACAGCUCUAAAACCAGCUCAGCCAGCUGCUCGGAGGGCUUCAGCUAUGCACACUCUGAGUGUCCCCGGCCACAUUUUUACCUUAUUUAUUGAAGUCUGGUGGGCCUCUGCUGUGCAUGAAUCCCGGUGGAGAACCUCCUCUCACUGCUCACCGCUCUCAGCUCAUUCUGUGAAAUGAUAUUAAGAAAACACGGUCUGAUUUGUAAAGCCACAGUUGUCAAGUUGUCUCUACUCUGUUGCCUAAAUGUUCUGUCUCUUGUUGCAAAGCAUCAAUAAACCAUGUCAAAGUUUUUGUUGUGA